ACGACAGCUUCCAAGAUGCUGCGACGGGGCUCACUGCUCGCUACCACGCCGACGCGAGAGCCCUGCAUGUUCCCUCGACAAGAACGAAGACUAGAUCUGUCUAUUCCUAGUAAUAUCGGCUUCCCAUAUACGAUAUCCCAUUCGUCACCCUUCCGCUAUCGGGCUUUGCGCGCGGCCAUCGACGGCCUACUUACUUCCAAUCCCCAUGUCUGCUACCUCACCCACCCACGCCAACAAAAAAAAAUGCCGCCGCGCGUGAAAAAAAGAACCGACAACGGUGAUGUCGUGCUGCAGCUGAACCGUUGGGUCCUGCACGCAUCAUGGACUCCACUGCACCCCCCGAUCUCCGUCAUUGGCAGUGCUGGCGAGACUGGCGACUUGGAAUGCACACCGCCCUGCCACACCCCUGCGAUCCCUUGCAUCCAGCACGAUGCGUAUAGCGUCUCUGUCCAUGUCCGAGUAGGCGCAGAUCCUGCUUGA